AAAGAAGAUAACGGAUAAAAUGUUGGAAACCAUAGACAAAAACCGGGCGCUGCAGGCAGCAGAACGCUUGCAGGCCAAGUUACGAGAACGCGGAGACGUGGCCAACGAAGACAAAUUGAACCUUUUGAAGUCCGUCCUGCAGAGCCCGCUCUUCAGCCAGAUCCUGAGCCUUCAGACUUCUGUGCAGCACCUGAAAGACCAGGUAAGCACUGCAACUUCUCCCACUUCAAAUGUGGACUAUGGCCACCUUCCCCAUCUCAGCCCAGCUGUGAUUCCCACUCCUCAAAAAGAAUCAUGUGUAUUGUCCCCAAAUCAUGGGAAUGUGGAAGCACUUACGGGGCCUGCAACUCCACACGUCAAUGGGAAGCCUGCGGGGGAUGACUUUGAUCAGCUGCUCAGAAGUAUGGCCCAGGGUCGCCAUGUGGAAGUUUUAGAGCUCCUCAAACCGCCAAGUGGAGGCCUGGGGUUCAGUGUGGUAGGACUGAGGAGUGAAAACAGGGGAGAACUGGGAAUCUUUGUGCAAGAGAUACAGGAGGGCAGUGUGGCUCACAGGGAUGGAAGAUUGCGGGAAACUGAUCAGAUCCUUGCUAUCAAUGGGCAGACACUUGAUCAGACAAUUACCCACCAGCAAGCUAUCAGCAUCCUUCAGAAAGCCAAGGAUAACGUCCAGCUAGUUAUCGCCAGAGGCUCCUUGCCUCCGCUCAUGAGCCCCGCUGUGUCCCGGUCUCCGUCUGCAGCCAGCACCAUUUCCGCUCACUCCAACCCGGUUCACUGGCAACAUGUGGAGACUAUUGAGUUGGUGAACGAUGGUUCGGGUCUGGGAUUCGGCAUCGUAGGAGGAAGAGCAACUGGUGUUAUCGUCAAAACCAUUCUGCCUGGAGGAGUGGCGGAGCAGCAUGGGCGGUUGUGCAGCGGCGACCACAUUCUGAAGAUUGGUGACACUGAUUUAGCAGGAAUGAACAGUGAGCAAGUAGCACAAGUCCUCAGGCAGUGUGGAAACAGAGUGAAGUUGGUGAUCGCGCGGGGGGCCAUGGACGAAGCCAUAGCACCCACCUCUUUGGGCAUCACCGUCUCCUCGUCCUCAUCGUCCACGCCAGAGAUGCAGGUCGAUGCUUCAACCCAGAAAAGUGAAGAAAAUGAGACAUUUGAUGUGGAACUCACUAAGAAUAUCCAAGGAUUAGGAAUUACUAUUGCUGGUUACAUUGGAGAUAAAAAAUUAGAACCUUCAGGAAUCUUUGUAAAGAGCAUUACAAAAAGCAGUGCUGUUGAACAUGAUGGAAGAAUCCAAAUUGGAGACCAAAUUAUAGCAGUAGAUGGUACAAACCUUCAGGGUUUCACUAACCAACAGGCCGUAGAGGUUUUGCGACACACAGGCCAAACUGUGCAUCUGACACUCAUGAGAAGAGGGGGCCUGAAGCAGGACGCUGAGCUGCCACCUGAGGAGGACGUCACAAAAGACACACUAUUGUCACCUCUGAAUGCCAGCACAGGCAAAGAAAAUGACGACACAGAUGAAGACUCUUUAUCUUUGAGGAGAAGCUCCGACGUCUUGCCAAUAGAAGAAGAAGGUGAAGUCCAGGAACCAGAGUACCCCUUACUGGCUGCUGAGAUCGAAGAAAGAGAAAAGAUGCAGCAACAGGAAGCCGCCCUGCUGGCAAAAUGGCAAAGGAUUAUGGGAAUUAAUUAUGAAAUAGUGGUGGCCCGUGUGACCAAGUUCAGUGAGAACAGUGGACUGGGGAUAAGUCUGGAAGCAACCGUGGGGCAUCAUUUUAUCCGAUCUGUUCUCCCAGAAGGCCCUGUUGGACACAGCGGAAAGCUUUUCAGCGGAGAUGAACUGCUGGAAGUGAACGGCAUAACUUUGCUUGGGGAAAACCACCAAGAGGUGGUCACAAUUUUAAAGGAACUGCCUAUAGAAGUGACAGUGGUCUGCUGUCGCCGCACAGUGCCACCCACUGGCCAGACAGAAUUGGAUGACCUGGAUUUGUGUGACAUUGAGCUAACAGAGAAGCCCAUCGUAGACCUUGGUGAGCUCAUCGGAUCCUCGGAGACGGAAGAUCCUGCACUGGCAAUGACCGAUGUGGGUCAGGGUACGGAGGAAGUUCAAGGACCCUUGGCCAUGUGGGAGGCAGAUGUUCAGCACAUCGAUCUGGAAAAGGGGAGCAAAGGACUUGGCUUUAGCAUUUUAGAUUAUCAGGAUCCAGUUGACCCAGCCAGCACUGUGAUUGUCAUCCGUUCCUUGGUGCCUAGUGGGGUUGCAGAGAAGGAUGGACGACUUCUUCCUGGAGACCGACUCAUGUUUGUCAAUGACGUGAACCUGGAACACAGCAGUCUGGAAGAAGCUGUCCAAGCAUUGAAGGGUGCACCGUCAGGAAUUGUGAGACUCGGAGUGGCCAAGCCUCUCCCCCUGUCCCCAGAAGAAGGCUAUGUUUCUGCUAAGGAGGACUCCUUUCUCUAUGUACCACACUCUCUUGAGGAGGAAGUUCUGGCUGACAAAGCCCUCUUCAGGGCUGACCUGGCUCUGGUGGACACAAAUGAUGCUGACCUGAUCGAUGAGUCCACGUGUGAGUCUCAGUAUUCGCCUGAUAAUGAGAGUCUUUACUCAGCUCCAGCCUCUCUUCUGUCGUCUCUCCAAGGGAGUGCUUGUAGCGAUGGGCUGAACUAUGGCCCCUCUCUUGCUUCAUCUCCUCCUAAGGACAUUGCUGAAAAUCCUUCAGACCCGGUCCUCGAUCUGCGUAUGUCAGUGGAGGCACUGUAUGCCCAGAGUCUCCUGCGCCCACAGGAUGAGCACAUGCCCCCAGGGGACCUGAGCUUGGGGCCCGCUGCUGAGUUUAUAGUCAACGAUUACCUGCCGGCAAACCCUGUUGAGCAACAGUACAAAUGUGAAAGCACAGCGGCAUGGGCGGAAUCUCAGCUCGCAGAUGACGUUACAUCGAGUGCAGAGCCGAGUUCCUCCGUGCUCCCCAAUUCAACCGGAAGGGGCUCCGAGUAUUUACUUGAACAGAGCGCCCUGGCUUCUCCCACUGACUGUGCCAUGUUACAAAACACAUCCGCAGAGUCAUAUGAGAGGACGAUUACAAUCGCAAAAGGCAAUUCUAGCCUAGGGAUGACCGUGAGCGCUAACAAGGACGGCCUAGGUGUGAUUGUUCGGAGCAUCAUUCACGGCGGUGCCAUCAGCCGAGACGGCCGGAUUGCCAUUGGGGACUGCAUCUUGUCCAUUAACGAAGAGUCCACCAUCAGUUUGACCAAUGCCCAGGCCCGAGCCAUGUUGAGAAGACAUUCUCUUAUCGGGCCUGACAUAAAAGUCACCUAUGUGCCCGCAGACCACUUGGAGGAGUUCAGAGUACGCUUGGAACAACAAGCUGGCGGAAUAAUGGCCCUGAGUCUUUUUUCUUCGUUCACUGGAAGAGACAUUCCCGAGCUACCUGAGCGUGAAGAAGGAGAGGGGGAAGAAAGUGAACUUCAAAAUGCGGCCUACAGCAACUGGAAUCAGCCCCGGCGGGUUGAACUUUGGAGAGAACCAAGCAAAUCGCUGGGCAUCAGCAUUGUUGGUGGACGUGGGAUGGGGAGUCGUCUGAGCAACGGUGAAGUGAUGAGGGGCAUUUUCAUCAAGCAUGUUCUUGAGGAUAGUCCCGCUGGCAAGAAUGGAACCUUGAAGCCUGGAGACAGAGUGGUCGAGGUGGAUGGAAUGGAUCUCAGAGAUGCAAGCCAUGAGCAAGCUGUGGAAGCCAUUCGGAAAGCAGGCAACCCUGUAGUCUUUAUGGUACAGAGCACUAUUAACAGACCAAGGAAAUCCCCUUUGCCUUCCCUGCAGCACAAGCGUGCCCCUCAGUCCAUCUUCAGCCGCACUAACCCAUUUGCUGACUCUCUGCAGUUCAACGCUGACCAGGAAUUUCAGAACUCAAGUACAGUUGCCUUCCGUUGUUCCCCAAGUAACCCCUUUGCCCCCACACCAUUUAAGGUAUCCGGGCCGUCUGAGAGGCCAUCAGAAAAGGCCCCAUUGGGCACCGAGCCUCUGCCCCCUCCUUCAGCCUUGGCAGAGAUGGGCAGUGAUUGUGCACCGUCAUCCUCAAGCAGAGUCUCCGACGAUGAGGACAAAGAGGAUGAGUUUGGGUACAGCUGGAAAAACAUCAGGGAACGCUAUGGAACCCUCUUGGGGGAGCUGCAUAUGAUUGAAUUGGAGAAAGGUCGGAGUGGCUUGGGUCUAAGCCUUGCUGGAAACAAAGACCGAUCCAGGAUGAGUGUCUUCAUCGUAGGGAUCGAUCCCAAUGGAGCAGCUGGAAAAGAUGGCAGAUUACAGAUUGCAGAUGAGCUCCUGGAGAUCAAUGGUCAGAUUUUAUAUGGAAGAAGUCAUCAAAAUGCCUCCUCAAUCAUUAAAUGUGCCCCUUCCAAAGUAAAAAUAAUAUUUAUUAGAAAUAAAGAUGCAGUGAGUCAAAUGGCUGUGUGUCCUGGAAAUCCAGCAGAGCUUUUGCCUGCUACCUCAGAGACUCUUCAAAAUAAGGAGGCUGACCCGAGUGUUACUACAUCCACCGACCCAGCUGUGGACCUCGGUUCAUUUAAAAAUGUGCACCACCUGGAACUUCCCAAGGACCAGGGGCCGCUGGGCAUUGCGAUCAGUGAAGAAACCACCAUCCGAGGGGUCGUCAUCAAGAGUCUGACGGAGAAUGGGGUGGCAGCCAAGGAUGGACGGCUCCAAGUUGGCGACCAGAUCUUGGCGGUAGAUGAUGAAGUAGUUGUUGGUUAUCCUGCUGACAAGUUCAUUAGCCUCCUGAAGCCAACGAAAGCCACAGUGAGACUCACCAUUCGUGCCGAGAACCCCGAUCUCCAGACUGUUGCUUCAGCAGCUGGCACAGCCAAUGGAGAGAAAAGGAACAGCUCCCCAUCUCCGAGGGACCCCUCUGCUGGCUCCCCAGAACCAGAAGCUUUCCGAAGUACAAGCAGGUCAUCAACACCUGCGAUCUUUGCCUCUGAUCCUGCCACCUGCCCCAUCAUCCCUGGCUGUGAAACAACUAUUGAGAUCUCCAAAGGGCGGACGGGGCUGGGCCUGAGCAUCGUCGGUGGGUCCGACACACUGCUGGGUGCCAUUAUUAUCCAUGAAGUUUAUGAAGAAGGAGCAGCGUGUAAGGAUGGGAGACUCUGGGCUGGAGAUCAGAUUUUAGAGGUCAACGGGAUAGACCUGAGAAAGGCUACACAUGAUGAAGCGAUAAAUGUCCUCAGACAGACUCCGCAAAGGGUGCGCCUGACCCUCUACAGAGAUGAGACUCCUUACAAAGAGGAAGACGUGUGUGACACCCUCACCAUCGAACUGCAGAAGCAGCCAGGGAAAGGCCUGGGAUUAAGCAUUGUGGGUAAAAGAAAUGAUACUGGCGUGUUUGUGUCCGAUAUUGUCAAAGGAGGAAUUGCAGAUGCUGAUGGAAGGCUGAUGCAGGGAGACCAGAUACUGAUGGUCAAUGGCGAAGACGUCCGGAAUGCCACCCAGGAAGCGGUUGCAGCUUUGUUAAAGUGUUCUCUAGGUACGGUAACCUUGGAAGUUGGAAGAAUGAAAACGGGCCCCUUCCACUCGGAGAGGAGGCCGUCUCUGAGCAGCCAGGUGAGUGAAGGCAGCCUGUCGUCCUUCAGCUUUCCGCUGUCCGGGUCCAGGACCUCGGAGUCUCUGGACAGCACCUCAAAGAAAAAUGCGCUGGCAUCUGAAAUACAAGGAUUAAGAACAGUCGAAAUAAAAAAGGGCCCGUCGGACUCGUUGGGAAUCAGCAUCGCUGGAGGAGUAGGCAGCCCUCUCGGUGACGUUCCCAUCUUUAUUGCCAUGAUGCAUCCAAAUGGGGUCGCAGCUCAGACCCAAAAGCUCAGAGUUGGGGACAGGAUUGUGACAAUUGGUGGCACCUCCACUGAGGGGAUGACUCACACCCAAGCUGUGAACUUACUGAAAAGUGCCUCAGGCGCCAUUGAGAUGCAGGUAGUUGCUGGUGGAGAGGUGAGUGUGGUCACAGGUCAGCAACAGGAGCCUGCCACUUCUAGCCUCUCUCUCACGGGCCUGGCAUCAAGCAGUAUAUUCCAGGAUGAUUUAGGACCUCCUCAGUGCAAGUCCAUCACACUCGACCGGGGACCGGACGGCUUAGGCUUCAGCAUUGUAGGAGGGUUCGGCAGUCCUCACGGAGAUUUGCCCAUUUAUGUGAAGACCGUGUUUGCCAAGGGAGCAGCCUCCGAAGAUGGGCGUCUGAAAAGGGGGGACCAGAUCAUCGCUGUCAAUGGGCAGAGUCUUGAAGGGGUCACCCACGAAGAAGCUGUUGCCAUCCUUAAGCGGACAAAAGGCAGCGUGACCUUGAUGGUUCUCUCCUGAGCGUUGCCCGAGUGGAUCCCACCCGUUCUACACUGUCCAGACAAGCGAGCCUGUCUGGUGGGCAACUUCUCCCCGGCUGGGUUCACCGAUCUCUUCAAAGCCAGAGAGGAUAAAAUAAAAAUUAUUUACGUUUUUUCUCAUAUAGACCUGGUUUGCUUGCAGCUUAGCAUUUAGUUUUCCUUCCCCUUGCUACCUGUGAACCUACGUUCGACAAAAAGAACUAUUUCAUCAGCCAAACCCAGCCUUUCUUUGGGAAGAUAGUUGACAUUUUGUGGUCAAAUGGACAAAAAUUAUUAGGUCCUGAACGGAUGAAUAGAGAAAGAAACAAAAAAGUUGUAAGUCUAAACCAGCAGAAACAGCGUCAGCAAAUUAUGGUGGAAAAUGACAAAUGCUAAAAUAAAGAAUAAAAUCUUGAAGACUCUUAUGAAAUACCUGAUUUUACCCACCCAUCUUCUCUCUGUAGACCUCACAUGAAAGAAAGAAACUUCUUUUUAUUAACAGGCUUAAAAAUAUAUGUUCAGUAUUAAUGAUUUCUUAGUAUCACAAAAAGCACAUCUCUCCACCUCUACUUUGUGCAUUUUCUUUUCGGUGAAGGCUUCCACGAUUCACAUUCUCGCUGGACGGCAGCUGAAACACAGAGUCCAUUGCUAAGAUCAUGCGUCAGUAGCAAACACAGGGGUCCAUGCUCCCAAGUUUUGGAAAGGCAGUACGAGGGGCCUUAGAAAGUCCAUGUCGAAAUUCCAGUAUCACUUAGUUCCAUCUUCUCAUGAACUUUGUGAAGCCCCCUCAUAUGUCGAAUGCUCAUCUGCCCUAAACCAUGUUUGUGUUGUAAUCAGUAAAGCAACAGUAAUACCCCGUGUGGAAUGGUAGCUGCUCUAGAGAGCAGCCAUCUCGGCCGAGGAGGAACAUGGACGAGUCCCAGGCUCGUUUAAUGCUGGUUCUAACUACUGAUGCAAUACUGAAAAUAUGUUAGUGUGCUGUGCAAUUGGUUUUCAAUUAGUAUUAAUCUUAAUGACAGAGAAAAACGCAAUGUGUUAGUAAUUAUUUUGGUUGCAUGCCAUUAGUAAAUUGAUAGAAAAAUUAAGGGGAUUAGCAUAACUUAGUUUCAUUGCCUUAUAUUAACAUCUUAUAAUACAAUAGUUUUAGACUAAGGGAAACAGAUGGAGCUGUUUAUUGAGACAACUGGUAAGGAAUUAUCAUGUGUUCUUUCCCAUUUUAGAGCGUGAAACUCCUACAUUCGAAUAUAUAAAGUCACUUUAAAUAUUAUCUAUAUUUGUAACAGAAGUAGUGUACAGAUAUUUUAUUACAGCGUUCUUGUGUAAAUGCAGAAUUGAAGUGAAUAAAUAAGAAGUUUCAGGCGUGCGCCAAUAAAGAAACAGGCAUCGUU